UGACUGAGCGCCGUGUCAUCCCGCCUGGCCCCAGGUACUCGUUCCAGGAUGAGGAGGACAUGUUCAUGGUGGUGGACCUCCUGCUGGGAGGAGACCUGCGCUACCACCUGCAGCAGAACGUCCAGUUCAGUGAGGACGCGGUGAAACUCUACCUCUGUGAGAUGACGCUGGCACUGGACUACCUGCAGAGCCAGCACAUCAUCCAUAGAGAUGUAAAGCCAGACAAUAUCCUAUUAGAUGAACAAGGUCACGCUCACCUGACGGACUUCAACAUAGCAACAAUAAUAAAAGAUGGAGAGAGAGCGACAGCCUUAGCUGGAACCAAGCCCUACAUGGCCCCAGAGAUCUUCCAGUCUUUUGUGAGUGGAGGGACGGGCUACGCCUUUGAAGUAGACUGGUGGUCACUAGGGGUGACAGCCUUCGAAGUGCUGCGCGGAUGGAGGCCCUAUGAUAUUCAUGCCAGUAACUCAGUGGAGUCCUUGAUUCAGCUCUUCAGCACAGUCAGCGUCCAAUACAGCCCAGCCUGGCCCAAGGAUCUGGUUUCUCUUCUGAGGAAGCUACUGACAGUGAACCCAGAGCAUCGCUUCUCCAGCCUGUCUGACAUGCAGACAUCUCCCUACCUCGCUGACGUCAACUGGGACGCUGUGUUCGAGAAGAAGAUGGAGGCUGGAUUUGUUCCUAAUAAAGGUCGCCUCCACUGCGACCCCACCUUUGAGCUGGAGGAGAUGAUCCUGGAGUCACGUCCCCUUCACAAGAAGAAAAAGAGGCUGGCUAAGAACCGGUCUCGAGACAACAGCAAGGAUUCACAGUCUGAAAACGACUACCUACAGGAGUGCCUUGAAGUGGUGCAGCAAGAGUUCAUGAUCUUCAACCGUGAGAAGUUGAAAAGGCGUCAGGAGGAGGGUCAGUCGGAGGCCGGGGGCGACGAUGCCAGCGGAGACGGGGACGGAGAGGCGGAAACCGGAGCCACCGACGACGACGCGCCAGAACCAGAGCCAGAACCCGACCCUGAACCCGAGCCCGAGUCCUCCUCCAAACUGAGCAUGUGCGGCUCGGUGUGCUCCUCCCCCGGCAGCUGCUAGCGGCGCAUCGCCUCACAGUGACGAUGGCAGGUCUCUCUGGCCGCUGCAGUGUUUGUGCCAUGCCGAUAGAUACGUUCUCACCCCUCUUCCUCUGUUGUAGCCCCGAGCGGAGGAAACGCACAGCGGGGCGACUUGACGCACAGCAGGACCCAAAAUGGCUCCCACCAUCUCCCCCCACCCCUCUCUUUUCUUGUUUUGUUUUAGUAGCAUCCUUCUGGUAAGGCAUGAAUGAAGCAGAUUCCCAGAGAGUCUCUGUCUACUGUACCCAUCCGCCCUAGAGUAAGCUCUAACUUCUAUGCAAUGUUACAGUAUAGCAUGACAAAUAAGGUAUCACUUACUAGGAGGUGUCGUUCUUAAGCAGAAAGCUCCACGAGCAUGAUGACAUCUUGAGCAAUAGCAGUCCAUGGUUUUGGGGGGUUAGUGGUUUUGGUGGAGGCGCCUCCCCUUUCUCUCCUCGCUGUUCCAAAUCUGAUGGGGACGACUGAAUUAUUCAGCACACGCAGGCACUCAGUUUAUUUUAUUGCCUGUGUCUUCAGUUCACUCUUCCCCCCCAGCCUCUUUCAUGUGACGUGUGCCCUAAUUUGGAACGAUUGUUUUUUCGUUUUUUCUCCUGGAGCGCCUUCCUCCUGGUGCAACACCUUUGUGAGACACAUUUACAGUAAGUGUUGAUGGCUGCUCUCCGUCGGCCAAGACGGUGUGGCUGGUUUCAUGUUGUAAACCUGUUUAAAGUUGUGCCUGUCGAUGAUAAUCAGUAUUCGUUAAUCACAUCGUAGCCAUUAAUGCAUUAUAGGUCAGAAUGUUAGUCUGAUUUUCCUCUUUAAGUGUUAGCCAGCUAUUCGUUUUCCAAGCCUUUUUUAGAAUGAUAAGGUACUGUAAUUUAUGGGAAAUCAGUACAGCAAUCAGAGGGAAAGGUUAUGCUUGUCACUGUGUCCGUAAUGGUUACAAAGAUGUAGUAUUUUAGCCCUUCACCAUGCUCUGACUCAGAGAACAUUCUGAAACUCGGCUCGGGGGAAUAAAUACCAAUCGCCAAGACUUUCAUCCUUUAAGAAUCUAUUAGAAAGCCCUUUUUGCUUCACUAGACUUCAUCAUCUCGUUAAGUGCUUGGUUAAAAUAAAGAUCACCUCCCAGUAGAGCUUGGUUUGGGGCUGUGCUUAAAUGUGUAGCUGUUGGUACUAUAGAUGAGCUAGUCUAUGACUGUCCUUGUGAUAGUGGUACAUUUAAGGUGGCACCAUUCAUCUCAGUCUCAACACCUGGGAAUAUGUAGCAAAAGACCACCUUAAAACCCUAAGGCCUAACAAAACGAAAACCAUGUAAAUAGCAUACAGUGUAGGUAAUUAAACUCACCACAGUUUUAUGUGGGACUGCGAACUCGACGUGUAAACUUAAGGAAAAGCCGCGUGAAGCUCCACACCGCUUCAUUCUGCUCUUCUUUCCAAGUGUGCAGGCACAACUUGUAGGCAAAAUAUGCCAAAGCUUUUCUACCAUUUGCAUAACCAUUUCUAAGGAACUUUGAGUGUGUGAAUGUAUGUCUCUUUUUUUCCCUGUAUAACAUAAAGUCAGUUCCUCUUGCAAGUGAAGAUACUAUAAUUUAUACAAUCAUAAUGUGAUUAUGUAUAAACUAUCUAUUUCAGAUAAGGGGAGGGGGGGCUUUAAAGUAAUAGCAAGAUAUCUUGGGAGAUACACCUGUUUGCUGUCUUACCAAGAAGUUAUAAGAAAAGAUUAAUUCCACUCUCAGGUCUGUCUGAUAAGGAAGAAGCUUGAGCUGGCAGGCAAUUAGAUUAGCUUAGCACAAAGACCAGCAGCAGGGGCAACCAAGCGCUGUUCAAAACUUAAGAAGACCUAAUGCCUUGUUCCCACAUAGCUCUGAUGUAUGUAGUAUACCUGAUUCAUUAACCCUGCAUUAACAUCCAAAUCAAAAGUCCACAUUUUUCAACGAACUUGAGGCAACUUCCAAACUGGAGCAAAACUAAAAGGAAACUUUUGCAGACCACGAUAACAGAGAUGCCUCUAGAAACCUAAAUUUAGCCUUUCUGGCUAUGGUGACGUUUUCAGCUAUCCAUAAAGUAAUGCCUUUUCUUGCAUUGAACUUUAAUGGGAGAAGUCCUUAUUAUACAGAAUCAUGGACACCAAACAAAGCUGUGUGGAAAGCAGGCGUGAAACUCUUGAAAUACCACGAACAAAUACACAACAAAUAGCAAUGUGUAUCACAGCAUUGUACAAGUCAAGGUGGCAGCUGUUCGUCUUCUUGUGCUUGUCAUUUAUUCCUGGUAAUUCCAGCUGUCUUUGUUAACACAAUCAAUCCUUAAAAAAACAGACAAAAAAAAAACACAAGUUCCUACUAUAAUUCUUCAAAUAGCUUAAUAAUAUCAAGCACAUUCUAAAAGACGUGUAAUGAGGUUGAGUUGUUUUAUUCCAGAGUUGGGAUGUGUUCAACACAACACUGUUAGAAAUGUAAUCUUAUUGCCUUUAACAACACACUUUGGACAUCCAUGUUUAAUUGUUUUUGCCAUCACUUUUUAGUGCCAAAUCAAUAUAUCAGAGCUUCAGAAAGUCCCAGAUAGAAGCUGGAUGUGAACGUGAAUGCUGUUUACAAGUUGUACCUCUGAUGUGGCCCGAACAUGGCAUCAGCUUCUACCAAAAGAGGCAAAACACAACAUCAAAGCAGUCUUACUUACAUUUUGUCUUCAUAGAUGAUUUGCUAAUGUUAGCUGCAGGUAAACCAACUUUUAGGAAUCCCUUGAUGGUUGAUGGUCAAUACCUCCAAAGCGUGGACUGGCUGCUUGGUCAAAUAUAAUGUCUUAUUUGCAUUUUCUACAUGUGUUAAAUACAGCAUAUGUGUGAAUCACCUUUACUGAUGCUGAACUGAAUGACAGAAGUCAGGUAAUUUGUAAAAUAAUGUACUUACUAGUGCUAAGCUAGGCUAAUUGCCUCCCAGCUCUACCUGAGCCAGUGUUAUUCUAUCUACAUCCCACUGUAUGGGAGGGUCCACUAAGGUCUGUGUGACAUAAAUUUCACCAUCUGCCCAAGUCCACAAGAGACAACAAAUCCAUGUGCAGCCCCAAACUGUCCACAUGGACUGAUUAGCAGCAGUGUUUAUUCGUGGAAUACCUGCUGCGUGCAACACAAUCCUCUGUGUACACUAGAAAGUAAUGUGAUAACAACAAUGCGUCCGUGGUGACCACACCAGUCCGUGAGCACGUCCACAAGGGAGUAGAAUCAAGGCUUUGGGCUAGUGUUGUUCUUUCUGCAUCUGCAAGCAUCCAAGGAUCUGCUCGGGUCUGAAUGAUUAAUUUCAUCAUCAGAGAGCGUACAGACGUGCGUGAACCUUCCAAUUUUUGCAACAGACAGGCAAACACUGCUCUUCAAGGACAACUCCAACAGCAUAUGUGCUGAAAUACAUGGAUGCCGAUCUACUGCGCAUGUAGGGAACGCAUCCUUGAAGUGGACAUCAAGAGGACUAGAAAGAAGUAGAAUAACAACAACUGCACAUCCGCGGUGUCUACAUCUGUCCCUGUUGGCGUACGCAAGGGAGUUCAGACAUCAGAGUGGAAGCAAUCUUCUCACCUCAUCUUCUAUAAGAAAGCAAAUAAGUGUAUUUCCCAGCAAGUUGAACUAUUUCUUUAAACACUAUUCAUUAUGAUUAGAUUAAGACGCUUUGUUAAAGAGAUAUAAAGUGGCAUCUCCAAGUCUGCCAAAAUAUAUGAUGAAUUUAAUAGUCUUGAGCCCUGUGCUUUUUUUGCAUGUACCUUUACAGUAUAAGCCUGUUUUUGCCAAAGCCUGGAGCUUGAGCCUUACCGGCUGAUUUGUGCAUGCACAAGCUUUUGGUAAUAGCAUACCUCGACGCUCACCUGAUUAUCGACACAGUCCAAAAUCAGAGUAUAACUGGCCUGCGUGACUGUUUCUGGACAGUGAGUUUUGUGAACUUUAAACUGUAUAAAUCAUAUAAUCCCAGUGUUAUAUGGAUGGCAUGAUAUUUUUAGAUGAUAUGCAGUACCUUUUGGCAUCCUGUAGGUUGUCUUAAUGCUUUGUUCAAGUAUACAGGCUCGUACCCUUGUGGAUGAGUGGAAUGAGGUCAGCAGCUGUGUGUGAUGCUCUGUUGUGGAUUAAGUGUUGCAUUAUUGUCUGUGCAGCAAAGAAAGAAUAUUUGGAACUGGGGCAGGUUUUCACUUCAGCCCAAUACAGAAUUUGCUGCAUUAUUUAGAAAAAAAAACUGAAUGUUUCCAUUUGUGGAAAAGAAAGCUUGGUUAUUUCUGAGUCUCAUUAAAUCGGUCGACACAGAAUCAACAUAGGCCUGAAGUGUACUUGUAAUUAUAUGUUAAUCAUUUGUAAAUGGAUAACGAUUGAUUUUCCUGGUUAAUUUAAGUGUAGCUUUUCUCUAAGUUACAGUACUAAUCUGCAAUUUUGGCAUUUGUUCCUUGAUAUCGGUGAUCAGUCCUUAUCGGACCGUGCUUGCAAACCCUCCUGACAUGUUUCUUUAUGUGUUAAUGUUCUGGAUGCCGUUAGGUGUUUCAAAAUAAAAAAAAAGGCAUUGUGCUAGUGUUUGACCAGCAACAGCAUGUCUCCUUUUCAACUGUUUUACUGAUUGAUGCUCUCGAGACGUACCAUUCUGUAGGUGUCUUACUCCGUGGAUACAGUUUGAAGCUCAGUGCCCUGUUGAGAAAACAAAUGAAGAAGAAAACGUGAUCCCAUGCCGCCCCGUUUCCUCCCUGUGAUCCUAUUUUGCAUAACGUUCUUGUGCUGCAGGAUUUUUACAGGGAAUCAGUGAAAAAGCCUUGUUACUGUACCAACUGAAACUGCUCCGUGUGUUCAACAACAUGCUGCUUUAACUGCUUUGAUAAAGAAAUAAAUCUCCUUCCAGUAA